AUGUUAUCUUCUCAACAAAUUUUACUAUAUUUAUUAAUAUUAUUUAUGAAUUUUUCACACGUGAAAAAUUCUUCUUCACAGCAAAGAUUUAAUAUAGUUUUGGCAGUACCUGUUACAAUCACACCAUCCAUUCAAUCGCAUUCUAAAGUAAUUGAACAAUUAACUGUUCAUCUUUGUGAUUCACCUAUAAAUGAAAAACUUUGGUAUGAUGGUGAUAUUAGAUGCCAAGAUGGUCAAUCAAUGCUGAUCUAUGAAUGGACACCAUCAUCAUCAACAUCUCCUUUUCGUAUAAAUGGCGGUCAAGGUUUUUAUUUUAAUCAAACUAGAUCAAUUAUAUUGACAAUUAUUUAUAGAAAAGAAAGACGAUUACAUAAAGAACAAUCAGGAAUUACAUUGCAAGUAUCUCAUAUAAUACCGAGACUUCAAAUGGCUACAAUGUUAGUUGGUAAUAAACACAAAGGAACACAUUUUUCUUGUCGUUCAUCAAAUUCUCCACAUUUAAUCUAUGCAAUAAAACAAUUAAAUCCAAGUGAAAAUAAAUUCUGGUGGCGUAUGCAUUUAAUUUAUGUUCGUUAUUUUGGACGAAAAUUAAUUCAACCAGUAUUUGAUUCAAAAUUAAAAUCGAAUAUUGCUCAAACAAAUAUUGAGAUGACUGUACCUGAUCUUUUUCUUAUGAAGGGUGAUUAUUUAUUAAUUGAGUGUGAAAAUACAUCUCAAUCAAAUUGUUAUUUCUUAAUUUAUUAUAUAUAUGAUUCAAAAUUAACUAAAAAUGAUAAUAUGUGUGACGAUAAUAGUUUUUCAAGUUUAUUCAAACUUGUAUCAUCAAGAGAAAUACUUCCAACAAAUCAAACUAUAACAAACUCAUUGAAUCUUGAUGGAUCAACAAUAUUUGCAAUUGUAUGCAUGUUAUUAUUAGUCAUUUGGAUAUCGAUUAUAGUUGGUUGUGUUAUAAUGCGUCGUAUUCGUGGAUUAGUAAAUUUUCGUACGGAAUCAACAAAUCCACUUUCAUCACAAAAAAGUAAAAAUCUAAUGGGUGCAGUACGAACUACUAGUGAUUGUCAGCGAGGAAAUGAAAUAGAUCAAGUUAUGCAAAUAGAUGCUGAUCAUAAUUAA